AUGAAGCUCUCUCUUUUUCCAGAUUGUGACUUUGUAAUUGCUCUCCAAAGCUAACUCCAGCAUGCUCAAAAGGAAGCAGAGUUCCAGGGUGGAAGCCCAGCCAGUUACUGACUUUGGUCCUGAUGAGUCUCUCUCAGACAAUGCUGACAUACUCUGGAUUAACAAGCCAUGGGUCCACUCUCUGCUGCGCAUCUGUGCAAUCAUCAGUGUCAUCUCAGUUUGCAUGAAUACGCCUGUGACCUUCGAGCACUAUCCUCCUCUUCAGUAUGUGACCUUUACCUUGGAUACUUUAUUGAUGUUUCUCUACACGGCAGAGAUGAUAGCAAAAAUGCACAUCCGGGGUAUUGUCAAGGGAGAUAGUUCCUAUGUGAAAGAUCGCUGGUGUGUAUUUGAUGGAUUUAUGGUCUUUUGUCUUUGGGUUUCAUUGGUGUUACAGGUGUUUGAAAUUGCUGACAUAGUUGAUCAGAUGUCACCAUGGGGCAUGCUUAGGAUACCAAGGCCACUCAUUAUGAUCCGAGCAUUCCGUAUUUAUUUCCGAUUUGAACUGCCACGGACCAGAAUUACAAAUAUUUUAAAGCGAUCAGGAGAACAAAUAUGGAGUGUUUCAAUUUUCCUACUUUUCUUUCUACUUCUUUAUGGAAUUUUAGGAGUUCAGAUGUUUGGAACAUUUACCUAUCACUGUGUAGUGAAUGACACAAAACCAGGGAAUGUAACCUGGAAUAGUUUAGCUAUUCCAGAUACACACUGCUCACCUGAGCUAGAAGAAGGCUACCAGUGCCCCCCAGGAUUUAAAUGCAUGGACCUGGAAGACCUGGGACUUAGCAGGCAAGAGCUGGGCUACAGUGGCUUUAAUGAGAUAGGCACCAGUAUAUUCACUGUGUACGAGGCUGCCUCUCAAGAAGGGUGGGUGUUCCUCAUGUACAGAGCAAUUGACAGCUUUCCCCGCUGGCGGUCCUACUUCUACUUCAUCACUUUGAUUUUCUUCCUUGCCUGGCUCGUUAAGAAUGUGUUUAUUGCUGUCAUCAUUGAAACCUUUGCAGAAAUCAGAGUCCAGUUUCAACAAAUGUGGGGAUCGAGAAGUAGCACAACUUCCACAGCCACCACACAGAUGUUUCAUGAAGAUGCUGCUGGUGGUUGGCAGCUGGUAGCUGUGGAUGUCAACAAGCCCCAGGGACGCGCCCCAGCCUGCCUGCAGAAAAUGAUGAGGUCUUCAGUUUUCCACAUGUUCAUCUUGAGCAUGGUGACCGUGGAUGUGAUAGUUGCUGCCAGCAACUACUACAAGGGGGAGAACUUCAGAAGACAGUAUGACGAGUUCUACCUCGCAGAGGUGGCUUUUACCGUCCUUUUUGAUCUGGAAGCACUUCUGAAGAUAUGGUGCUUAGGAUUUACUGGAUAUAUUAGCUCAUCUCUCCACAAAUUUGAGCUACUGCUCGUCAUUGGAACUACUCUUCAUGUGUACCCAGAUCUUUAUCACUCUCAGUUCACAUACUUUCAGGUUCUUCGGGUAGUUCGGCUUAUUAAGAUUUCUCCAGCAUUAGAAGACUUUGUGUACAAGAUAUUUGGUCCUGGAAAGAAGCUUGGGAGUUUAGUUGUGUUCACCGCCAGCCUUCUGAUUGUCAUGUCAGCGAUCAGUUUACAGAUGUUCUGCUUUGUUGAAGAACUGGACAGAUUUACAACAUUUCCAAGGGCAUUUAUGUCCAUGUUCCAGAUCCUCACCCAGGAAGGAUGGGUAGACGUAAUGGACCAGACUCUGAACGCUGUAGGACAUAUGUGGGCGCCUGUGGUUGCCAUCUACUUCAUUCUGUACCACCUCUUUGCCACUCUGAUCCUCCUGAGUUUGUUUGUUGCUGUUAUUUUGGACAACUUAGAACUUGAUGAAGAUUUAAAGAAGCUUAAACAAUUGAAACAAAGUGAAGCAAAUGCAGACACCAAAGAAAAGCUUCCUUUGCGCCUGCGAAUCUUUGAAAAAUUUCCCAACAGACCACAAAUGGUGAAAAUCUCAAAACUUCCUUCUGAUUUUACAGUUCCUAAAAUCAGGGAGAGUUUUAUGAAGCAGUUUAUUGAUCGCCAGCAACAGGACACUUGCUGCCUCUUCAGAAUUCUCCCUUCAGCCUCUUCCUCAUCGUGUGAUCACUCCAAAAGGUCAGCCAUCGAAGACAACAAAUACAUUGAUCAAAAACUUCGCAAGUCUGUUUUCAGCAUCAGAGCAAGGAACCUUCUAGAAAAGGAGACAGCAGUCACAAAAAUUUUAAGAGCCUGCACCCGACAGCGCAUGCUGAGCGGAUCAUUCGAGGGGCAACCAGCAAAAGAGAGGUCGAUCCUGAGCGUGCAGCACCACAUCCGCCAGGAACGCAGGUCAUUAAGACAUGGAUCAAACAGCCAGAGGAUCAGCAGGGGGAAAUCUCUCGAAACUUUGACUCAAGAUCAUUCCAAUACAGUGAGAUACAGAAACGCACAAAGAGAAGACAGUGAAAUAAAAAUGAUUCAGGAAAAGAAGGAGCAAGCUGAGAUGAAAAGGAAAGUGCAGGAAGAGGAGCUGAGAGAGAACCACCCAUACUUUGACAAGCCACUCUUCAUUGUCGGCAGGGAGCACAGGUUCAGAAACUUCUGCCGGGUGGUGGUCCGAGCACGCUUCAAUGCAUCUAAAACAGACCCUGUCACAGGAGCCGUGAAAAAUACAAAGUACCAUCAACUUUAUGACUUGCUGGGAUUGGUCACCUACCUGGACUGGGUCAUGAUCAUCGUAACCAUCUGCUCUUGCAUUUCCAUGAUGUUCGAAUCUCCCUUUCGAAGAGUCAUGCAUGCACCUACUUUGCAGAUCGCCGAGUAUGUGUUUGUAAUAUUCAUGAGUAUUGAGCUUAAUCUGAAGAUUAUGGCAGAUGGCUUAUUUUUCACUCCAACUGCUGUCAUCAGGGACUUUGGUGGAGUAAUGGACAUAUUUAUUUACCUUGUGAGCUUGAUAUUUCUUUGUUGGAUGCCUCAAAAUGUGCCUGCUGAAUCCGGAGCUCAGCUCCUGAUGAUUCUUCGGUGCCUGAGACCUCUGCGAAUAUUCAAGCUGGUGCCCCAGAUGAGGAAAGUUGUUCGAGAACUUUUCAGCGGUUUCAAGGAAAUUUUUUUGGUCUCCAUUCUUUUGCUGACAUUAAUGCUUGUCUUUGCAAGCUUCGGAGUUCAGCUUUUUGCUGGAAAACUUGCCAAGUGCAAUGACCCCAACAUUAUCAGAAGG